CCUCCCAGGCAAUCAGCCCGGGCUGGGAGACCCCACCCCUGCUGUGACAUCACAGGGGAGUGGGGUGGAGACACAUAAAAGGGGGUCCCCCGCCCUGGCCCUGGACUCUUGACAGCCAGAGUAUCAAGAGCAGAGAAUCUGGACACUGGACUGGGGUUGCCUGGCUUGCAGGAGCAGGUGCCUAGUCCUUGGAGCAUCUCCGCACUGCCCCUCGGAGCCUGGGUUCCUGUGCUGUAGCUCUCCCCCCUCUGCCCUGAGCCAGCACCCCUGAACACCCUCACAGCAUGAACUGCGUCUCGGACUUCUUCACCUACGAGACCACCAAGUCGGUGGUGGUGAAGAGCUGGACCAUCGGCAUCAUCAACCGCGCUGUGCAGCUUCUCAUCAUUUCCUAUUUUGUGGGUUGGGUUUUCCUCCAUGAGAAGGCAUACCAGGUGCGGGACACUGCCAUCGAGUCCUCGGUGGUGACCAAGGUGAAGGGCUUUGGACGCUAUGCCAACAGAGUCAUGGACGUGUCGGACUACGUGACCCCUCCCCAGGGCACCUCUGUCUUUGUCAUCAUCACCAAGAUGAUUGUUACAGAAAACCAGAUGCAAGGAUUCUGCCCGGAGAACGAGGAGAAAUACCGCUGUGUGUCUGACAGCCAAUGCGGGCCGGAGCGCUUCCCGGGUGGGGGCAUCCUCACUGGCCGCUGCGUGAACUACAGUGCGGAGCUCCGGACCUGUGAGAUCCAGGGCUGGUGCCCCACCGAGGUGGACACGGUGGAGAGGCCCAUCAUGAUGGAAGCGGAGAACUUCACCAUUUUCAUCAAGAACAGCAUCCGCUUCCCUCUCUUCAACUUUGAGAAGGGGAACCUGCUUCCCAACCUGACAGCCAAGGACAUGAAGACCUGCCGCUUCCACCCAGAGAAGGCUCCCUUUUGCCCCAUCCUGAGGGUCGGGGAUGUGGUCAAGUUUGCGGGGCAGGAUUUUGCCAAACUGGCCAACACGGGCGGAGUUUUGGGCAUCAAGAUCGGUUGGGUGUGUGACUUGGACAAGGCCUGGGACCAGUGCAUCCCCAAAUACUCCUUCACCCGGCUGGAUGGCGUUUCUGAGAAGAGCAGCGUCUCCCCAGGCUACAACUUCAGGUUCGCCAAGUACUACAAAAUGGAGAACGGCAGCGAGUACCGCACCCUCCUCAAGGCCUUUGGCAUCCGCUUCGAUGUGCUGGUGUAUGGGAAUGCUGGCAAGUUCAACAUCAUCCCCACCAUCAUCAGCUCCGUGGCAGCCUUUACAUCUGUGGGUGUGGGAACUGUCCUCUGUGACAUCAUCCUACUCAACUUCCUCAAGGGGGCUGACCAGUACAAAGCCAAGAAGUUCGAGGAAGUGAACGAGACAACACUGAAGGUCACUGCCUCGGCCAAUCCCAUGUACCCUAGUGACCAGACCACGGAGGAGAAGCAGUCCACGGAUUCUGGAGCUUUCUCCAUUGGCCAUUAGGGCCUCUUCCCAGAGCCCCAAACAUACCCAAGGGCUCCAGG